UCUGGUGAAAAUAAAUGUACUGAUAAAAUUCCGGAUAUUAGACCUUUAGGAUAUCCAUUUGAUAGACCGUUUAAAAAUAAUUCUUAUAAACAAACUUUUGAAGGAUUAAGUAAUGUAGCUAUUAGGGAUUUUACUAUUGUAUGGACUGACACUGAUUUUCGAGAA